AUGGACUGGCUGCCGUCGUUCGCAAAGCAACGCCCGCCGCGCGGGCCAUACUACGAGUACCUCGCCGGUACAACACCACGACGAGGAUGGAGAUGUUGGGUCUUCACGCUCGUCACGAUAUGCGCCCUAUUGGCGCUGUUAUUAUUCUCAACAUCACUCGGCACGCACAUGCCCGCCGGAUACCUCUCCAUCGAGUCGUACGGAUCGCAAGCGAACAACGCGUGUACAUUAGGCGACGGCGCGGUGAAGGGCGCGUAUCUAAGACCGCACACGGGCGAGUAUGUGGCGCCGAACGAGGACGAGUGGACGUGGGAGCGCGUCGAGGAGAUGGUCGCCGGCACACGCGGCUUCUACGCCAGAGAUUGGCCGUUGCAGCUCGGAUGGAAUAAUGUACGCUACAUCAUCGAGGCCGGCCUACUACACGCCUCGCUACUCAACCGCACCCUUGUAAUCCCAUCAUUCAUCUACGCCCGCUCAUGUCUAUACGAGUUCGACGUAUGUUCCACAUUCGCCCAGAAGUUCCACCGCGGACCCGACAUCGGCAUGGGCGACUUCGCCUACCUCUCCGAAGCCGAGCAGACGGCAUGGCGUCUCCCCAUCUCCCUCAUGAUCGACCUCCCGCGCAUCCGCAAGGCGCACUCGGUCAUCACCGUCUCCGAGUACCUGCGCCUGCAUCAGAUUGAUCCCGAGCUCGAGCUCGGGAACGGCUCGUGGAGCGCAGAGCUGUACCACGGAGGCCCGCUGAACCCGACGUUGCGCACGCUGCUGCAGCAGGAGUGGGACGACGAUAUCGUGCGCGUCGAUCGCGAGUACGAUCUACCGCCCGGCAAGGACGCGGGCGGCGUGGUCGACAAGGCUCUCCGCGAACAGCGCAACUCCCACGGCUCGGUCGACAUCGGCCACGCGCAGAACGUCAUGCACGACCAUGGCGUGAACUGGGGCAACACCGCCGAGCUCGAGCAGCUGCUGCACGACGCGGGCUGGGGCGUGCUGCACACCUUCCGCACGAGCUUCGUCGAGAUGUUCAAGGCGGUGACGGAGUACGAGGCCGAGACGGCGCCGCUGGAGGACAUGCACGGGCUCGUGGACGAGUUCUUCGACGAGCCGGCGGACGUGUUCCAUGUGCAGGGCGAGACGCACUGGAACCGCAAGGCGGGCCAGUUGCGCUUCACGACGGGCCCUGGGCGGACACACUUCGCCGAGCUCGUACUCAAUGGCGUGCAUCCCAUUCCGCCUGUGCGCGCGCUCGGAGAGCGGCUGGCGCAGCGCAUGCUGGACCGCAACAACGGCCGGCAGUACAUGUCCGCGCACAUGCGCCGCGGCGACUUUGCAGUCCUCGGCUGGGCCGAGAAGACGAUCGAGGAGCACACCGCGCGCAUACUCAACCGUAUCGAGAACGGGCUCAAGUCCCUGCGCGAGUGGACAUACUCCGGCUUGCACACCGUCGAGGUACCCGGCAUCACGCCCGACGACUUCGCAUCAGACGCACCUACACCGCGCGAGGGCGACGCGUUCUUCCUCGCCACGGACGCCACGAACGCGACGGACGUCGCGUACGUGCACGCGCAGGGCGCCGUGCUCCUCGCCGACCUCAUACAGUCCGGCGACGAGCGCCUAUUGGGGUGGCCCGCGCUCUUCGGCGACGUGCGCGCGCAGGUCGAGCAGGAGGUCGCGGCAAGGGCGGCGUACUUCUAUGGGCACAGUAUGAGCUCUGUUGCGGGUGGGGUUGCGAAUUUGAGGGGCGCGAGAGGGAGGGAUCCGAGGACUUGUCAUGUGGAUUAG